UCAAGCCGGUCAGUCGAACGUUCUCCGCUUGGCUCGAACUUCAGAGCUUAUACAUAAUAUAGAAAAAAUCUCUAGUCAUUGACCCGAGGGCCAAGACAAAAAAAGACUGAAUAAAAAUCACCGGAGACAACUAAUUAUGCAAAUGCCGAUGGCUUUUAGUGUUUUGUGGCUGCUUCAGCUGUUUCUGCUGACGGAAAAGGUUAUUGGAACCAAUUUCGCCAGGGGAGAGGAGCAGCUGGAGGCUCUUUUGGCCACCGAAACGCAGCUGAUCGAUGAGUUGCGUGACUAUAUAGAGAGAUUGGAGCUGCAGCUGGAGGAGAUCCGCAGGGAGACCUCGGCCAUCGAGGAGAUUCACAGUCAGGUGGUUGAUGUGGAGAAGUACAUGGGAAAUCCCCUGAAUGUUCUCGGCAUUCUCAAGAGAUUCGAUAGUGUGUGGCCAAAGCUAGAGCAGCAGGCAAAUGAAACUCUGCUUAUAAAUUCGGAACAGGCUUCCUCUGAUAAGGAUUUAAUCCUUCCCAGCGAGGAGGACUACGAGGAGUCGCUGAAUCAACUGCUUCACCUACAGUCCGUCUACGAAUUGGACUCCAACAGCCUUUCCUUGGGCAUGGUGAAUGGCUUGAAAUUGGGAUCCGCCAUGUCCUGGGGCGACUGCCUAGAAGUGGCGCGCAAGUCCGACUUUUCCGUGGCUAGAUUUUGGCUAGAAUCGGCCUUGGAAAAGCUGCCCGCCGCCUCGGAAAACUCCACAGAAGCGCAGAGGGAACGGGAAAGCGGUCGUGUUCACAUCCUGGAGGCUGCUCUCAACAUUGAAUACCGCGCUGGGGAACUUUCCCGAGCCUUGGCCACUGCCGAGGAGCUGCUGUUGCUGCUCCCAAUGAACCAAAACAUUCAAAAGGCCAAGAGAAAGAUUGAAAAAGCCAUGGCCAAGAAGGAAUUGCCCAAGGGCAGGCACACAAAGUCGAAGACUAAAAAAACCAAAUCUGCAGAACAGAUGCUCAUAGAGGAACUCUGCCGCGGGGCAACCCAGAAAUCCACGACAGGAAGUCGCUUCAGUCACUGUAAGCUAGAGGGAAAUACGCCCUGGUUGCUCCUCCAGCCCUCCAGAUUGGAGCCACUCAGUUCAGAUCCAUAUAUAGUACUCCAUCACGAUGUUCUAAGCCCAAAGGAAAUCGCUCAAUUGCUGGAACUUAUAGAUGAGGAGGAGGAUGAUACCAACGGAGUUAGGAGCUAUGAACCGCUGAAGCUAUCGAAAAUGGGGCAAAAGAAGCUGAAGCGGAUUAAUUAUCGCCUGGGUCUCAAGACUGGGGACCUGGAUCCUUGGACGGGACGUCGCCACGGUCACGGGCACUCCACCAAAUUGGAGGAUAGCUCGCAACUCGGGAAUGUGGCACGUGUCAUGCUGAACUUGCAGCCACCCGGAAUGGGCGGGGCUGUGGUUUUUCCGCAGCUGGAGCUUGGCGUGAAUGUCCCACGUGGUUCGCUGCUCCACUGGCACACGAGAUCCGCCGGAGGCUCCUCCUUCUCAUCCUCGGAGUGGGACUACCGCAGUGGCCAGGCAGUUUGUCCCGUGCUCCUCGGCGUUCAGUUGUCUGCGUGGACAGGACUCCAAUGACGUUGGCCUGAUGGGUUUCCAUGGUUUUCCCGGGUUUUCCGAUGCGAUGUGCCACAUACGUACAUGUGCAUUAAUUGCCAGCGGGGGAAUCAAAUAAAGUUGACCUUGGCAUUUGAUUAAAAAUCAGCCUUUUAUUGCGUUAUUUC